GACAGUUUCAUGGCGCAGAUCCCUUGAUCAAUAACAAAUAGCAAAACGCGUCGAAUUGACGCGAUGUCAACUUGACCUUCUGCGAUUCUGCUCUUGUUUUCCGGCUUGGCUGCCAUGACGCCACACGAUCUCCCUCGCUCUGUCACCGCCUUUGUUGAGCCAUCUACGCUCACACUAUUUUCGAAGGUCAGGCUAAGCUAAAGAAGGUCUGGCACCGCUCCGGCUUCACGCACUUGAGUACAUCGACACACGCCCGCAAGGCACCACUUUGGAGGAACACCUCUGCACAGACCCCAGCAUACAGAGUAACACCGACGCAUUCUCCUCACGGAUUGACACUCGCAUACACUGACAAUGGCAACUUCACUCACUGCACUUCUCAUCGCCCUCGCGGCGACUUCAACCUACGCGGCAUCGAGCGUAGACAGCACGCAGGCGCUGGUCGGUCGCUCAACCAGCGCUGUCGCUUCUUACAGUCUACUUGAGCAGCUCUCUGUCAAUUAUGUCGUCCCGACUGUCUCGAAUCGUACACAACCCAAGCACUGGGCGACAAGUAUCUUGGAGCCUUAUUCUACUUAUCAUACCCGAUACAUUCUGAUCGGAUGCCCAAAGAAGCAUAAUACGGCCUUUUACCACACCUGCUGCCACCCUCGGCAUGUCAAAGCGGACAUUCACAAGUGGCCAAAGAAGUGCAUGGCAUCAUCAUACCUGACAAAGCAUCACAAUGGCACCGUCAGUGGUACUUCAGCCAACACGACCACGAUCGCAAAGAACACGACAGUCGCAUCGCACACUGCACAAAUAUCAAGGCAAGAUGUGCGCGUGGUCAAGAAGGCAAAGAAGACGGUCAAGACUACAGCUGCGCAGAAGAAGAAGGAGCAAGAGGCAUAUGCUGCCGCACUUGCUGCUCAUCACAAAGCAGUAGCCGCUGCGAAGAAGGCAGCAGACGAGGAGGCAGCCGCAAAGGCAAGCAAGCAUAAGAAGACUGCCGCUGCGGCGAAAGCAAAGGCUGCCGCUGAGGCAAAGGCUGCUGCGAAGGCGAAGGCCGCUGAAAAGGCAGCAGCUGGAAAGGCAGCAGCAGCUAAAGCAGCGGCUGAGAAGAGAGCUGCCGCGGAAGCAGCAGCAGCAGCAAAGAAGGCAGCCGCAGCGAAGAAGGCGGCAGCGGCAGCGAAAAAGGCCGCGGCAGCUAAGAAAGCCAAAAAGGUCUCAUUCUCGUCGGGCAGCGGCAGCAAAGCAGUAUCAACUGCUUCUAGCUCCUCACAAUGGUUCUCUGGCGGCGUCGCUACAUUCUUCUACCAGAACGUUAUCGCCGAAGGCAACGCAGGUGCAUGUGGCCAUGUCAACUCGGACAGCGCAAAGAUUGUCGCGCUACAGACGCAGAUGUAUGGCAAUCUGGGCGCGGUGUCUUCGCAUUGCGGCCAGAAAGUCUUGAUUACCCGGACUGACACAGGCGCUUCCGUCGUCGCAACUGUUGCUGAUGCUUGCCCAACAUGCAGCAACCCUCACUCGCUCGACCUGUCAGUCGGCGCCUUUACUGCUAUUGCGACAGAAGCAGAAGGUAUGGUGCCCAUCAAGUGGCAGUUUAUGUAAGCGUGCAGCACUUGCGCCGCUGAAGCUAUUGGUGACCGGCUCAUCUGUUGUGCCUUGUAACACCGUGCUCGAUGCACCAUUUGCGUUUCGUCAAAGUAUUGCGAGCAGAUAGUCAGCAGCUAGUCCAAGCCAGACAAUUAGGCCAAGAUCGCGGUUACUGAUGAACCGCUGCCAGCAAUUAGCUCGAUUCGAUGUAUCGAGGCCCUUGAGCUGCCAAGCGAGGUGGGCUGCGGCACCUCCGCAGGAGAUGGCAUAAAAGGUUGCUGUCUGAUCGUUCAUGUAGCCCGAUAAAGCGAGCAUAGCUG